CGUCGCCAUGCAGAUCCCCCCGAACUUGGCCACCCUUCUGGUCGUCCUUCUCGCGCUUUUGGCCAACUGCGAGUCCCGUCGGAGCGCGUACCGCCUACCGAAGGUCCAAGGACGCAGUGCCUCCGGCAGUCCAUCGCCCCAGGAUGUGGGAUCUGGGCGGGAUCUGAUGAAGAAGUUCAUGCUGAUGCGUGGACUCUUCCAGCAGCCGCCCAGUGAAAAUGUGAUUGUGAUCUCGGAUCCCUCGACCACGACGACCACGACCACGCCCACUGGAUCGCCCUAUACCACCACCACAACGACCACAGUGACCACUCCCACCACGAACAGCACGCGACGAUCCCUGCAGCGAAGUGUGGACCGAAAGGAUGAUGGGGGCCCGGAGAUCGAAGUGACCACCUUGACCGGUCGCGCCUUCGAGGAUCGCCUGGACCUCCCAAGCGGAGCUCCUCCCGAGGAGCAGGUGCCCCUGGAAGUGCCGACCCAUGGCCAGAAAAAGCAGUCCCAGUGGCCGAAGAAGUUCCGGCUGAUGGGCGUGCCGUUGGGCAGGAAAAAGAACCUGGUCAAAAAGACCCAUCGGCGGGUCCACAAGCAUCCGCAAACAAAGCGGCGACAUCAGAAGAGAAGGCCAACCAAAAAGCAGUCGGCAGAUCAGCAGCGCAACUCGGAGUCGGCGGUAAAGUUCAUCGAACCCUAUCACAACGAUCGAUCCCAGACUCAAGCGGCUCAGUUCGACUCCGACUCUCGGUUGCAGCGCAUCUGGAGACGCCUCCAGGUGGCCAACUGAGUCGAAUAGUCCACCUUAUACAAACACAUUUUUUUUUUUAUUUUCUUAAGUGCUAAAACGUGUUUAUUUAUAUACAAAAAAUACAUGAAAACGGCAAGCAUACGUAUACUUAAUAUAAAACAGAGAAUAAACGGAGCACUG